GACCAUCGAGUCUCUCUACAGGGAGCUGGUUGAAGAAGGCCUGCUGAUCCAGGCUCUGAAGGUCAACCUGUCUGAUUACAUCGGUGAGUACAGCUAUCUGGGAACCACUCUGCGCCAAGUAGCCAUAGAGCCCAUGCCCUCCCUCCUGGAUGUGAGACAGCUCAUCACACUGUAUGGGAUCUUGCCUUUGGGGUCUGCAGAAGUGCAUGAGAAAGCUCCCUUGGUGAAGUCGCUGCUGUUGGCCGGGCCUCCAGGGGUAGGGAAGAAAAUGCUGGUCCACGCCAUCUGCACAGAAACCGGAGCUAACCUCUUCAACUUGUCCUCCUCAAACAUCGCAGGGAAGUACCCCGGCAAGAACGGCCUGCAGAUGAUGCUGCAUCUGGUCUUCAAGGUGGCUCGCCAGCUUCAGCCUUCUGUGGUGUGGAUCCAAGACACGGAGAAAACCUUCUACAAAAAAGUCCCACAGUCUGAGAAGCCGAAUGAACCAAAACGCCUGAAAAAACACCUUCCCAAGAUCCUGAAGCUCCUGAGGCCAGAUGAUCGGAUCCUGAUUGUGGGGACCACACAGCGCCCUUUCGAUGCAGAGCUUCAGUCCUUCUGCAGGGUAUACCAAAAGAUCAUCUUGGUGCCCCGACCUGACUACGCCUCCAGAUAUGGCAAGUAUUCUAAGGCCUUCCUUCUGUGGAAACAAAUCAUUCUCCGCAACGGAGGUGUGCUCACCAACGCCUUGAACAUCAGUUGCUUGUCUAAAGUCACUGAUGGCUUCACACAAGGGCAGAUCGUCAAAGUAGUCAAGGAGGUGCUCACGGACCGCAGGGUCCGGCAGCAGUCUCACAAACCGCUCACCGCCGUCGAGUUCAUCACCAUCAUGACCACCAUGAACCCGGUGUACAGAGAGGAAGAAGAGAGCUUCAAGAACUGGUAUGCAAAAACCCCUCUCGGGAAAAAACGAAUCAUGUCACUUUCGAACAACGGCAACAAAGAAAAGGAGAAGGAUAAAGGAAAAAAGAAAGGGAAACGGGGGAAAAAGAAGAAGUAA